AUCGCGACGCCUCAAGCCGGCUCUUGCGUCUAUUCCCGCGCGAAGGUUCCUGGGAAAUGUAGUUUAUCUGCUUUGCUCCUUUCUUCCAGUCUCUGCUGCUUUUCCUUUUCCUGCAACGCUUUGUUAGGACCGGCGUUCUGCUGCUGCUGCUGCUUUGGGGGAGACAGAAGAGGAGGAAGGAGAGUGAGCAGCCCGCCUCCAUGGCCCACGCGUUCCUGAUCCACAGCCUUCGCUGCCGGCCGGGGCAAGAGGCGGGGCCCUGCCGAGUCCUCUACUCCAGGGUCUUCGGCCCUGAAACGCUGGACAAGGACGGAGGCCAGGACCCCGAGAAGGAGCACCUAAGCCGGAAGGAACAAAUCCUGGCCGUAGCGAGGCAAACGGAGCUGGCGUGCAAAUUAUAUCAGAAGGCCUCUGGGAAGCCCCUCUCCGAACACAGCGCCCAACUGCCGGACGAACCCAUCUCUCUGCAGGACGCGCCUUCGGGGGUCUUCCGUCUCCAGGCGGGGGACCCCUUCUGCGAGGACAAGACCGUGCUCUGGCUGGCCGUCCGCUGCCUGGGCUUCGCUCUGGUCUGCGACACGCAGGAGAACCUGAUGCUGGCGGAGAUCACCCUGCGGCUGCUGGUCAAGGAGCUGCUGGACCACCUCAAGCUGCUGAGCUCCGGGAGUGACGUGGUGCUGAAGGGCGACAAGGCCGAGGCCAUCCUCGGCAAGUUCCUGCCGCAUGGCCAGUUGCGCUUCCUGAACGACCAGUUUGUGCUCAGCCUGGAGAGGGAGGUGGCCGCCUCUCUCGGCAAAUAGGAGGGCUGGGACGGAAUGGACGGAAAAGGAGACGUCUCUUUGUGUGACCAGGGAUUAAAACGUGGAAUUUGCUGCCCGGAGGAUGUAGUGAUGGCCGCAGGGAAGGGCUGUCAGAAAGGGCAGUUUUUGCCCUGGAUCCUGAAUAGGGGUUGCCAAUCCCCAGGUGGGACAUUAUCAAUAAUUGAAAUAUUUGAUUACAAGCUGGAACAGGUCCAGAGGAGGGCGAAGAAGAUGGUGCGGGGUCUGGAGACCAAGUCCUGUGAGGAACGGUUGAAGGAGCUGAGCAUGUUUAGCCUGGAGAGGAGGCAGCUGAGGGGUGAUAGGAUUACCAUCUUCAAGUACUUGAAGGGCUGUCCUAUAGAGGAUGGGGUGGAAUUGUUUUCUGUGGCCCCAGAAGGUCGGACCAGAACAAAUGGGCUGAAAUUAAAUCAGAAGAGUUUCCGGCUCAACAUUAGGAAGAACUUCCUGACCGUUAGAGCGAUUCCUCAGUGGAACAGGCUUCCUCCUCGAGAGGUGGUGGGCUCUACUUCCUUGGAGGUUUUUUUUUGUGUUAAAACAAUUUUUAUUGGUAACAUAUGGCAGUUUAAUACUAAUAAAAUUUUAAUAAUCA